UUUGAAUUUGGUUUCUUUAAGAAGAGUGUGCCCUUGGACUUUCUUUUCAUUCGGAUUCACCAACCUUUUCUAUAGAGACAGAGAGAGGAGAACACUGGAAAUUAAUUGCAUCAAUGGCUACUACUAAAGUUUACAUUAUUUACCAUUCUUUGUACGGACAUGUUGAGAAGCUAGCUGAAGAGAUUCUAAAGGGAGCUACAUCUGUAGAAGGAGUAGAAGCAAAACUAUGGCAGGUACCUGAAAUAUUGUCUGAAGAGAUCCUUAAGAAGAUGAAAGCACCUCCAAGGAGUGAAGUUCCAGACAUUUCACCAAAACAGCUUACUGAAGCUGAUGGUUUUUUGUUUGGUUUUCCAGCAAGAUAUGGAAAUAUGUCUGCUCAAUUUAGAGCAUUUUUAGAUGCAACUGGAAGUUUAUGGAACAAACAAGCACUUGCAGGAAAGCCUGCAAGCUUCUUUUUCGCCACUGCCUCUCAAGGAAGUGGCCAAGAGGAAGUGGCGUUUACAUCUAUUCCUCAGCUUGUUCACCAUGGAAUGCUUUAUGUGCCAAUUGGUUACACAUUUGGUGCUGGAAUGUUUGAAAUGGAGAAAGUGAAAGGUGGCUCUCCUUAUGGUUCAGGAACUUUUGGUGAACAUGGAAUUGGAGAACCAAGUGAGUUAGAAUUGGCUCAAGCUUUCCAUCAGGGGAAGUACUUAGCUGGAAUUGCAAAGAAACUCAAAGGGUCACAAUGAUUUUAAUCUUCCACUGCUUAUUUUGUAUCCACUUAAAUAUAUUACAUUGUCUAAUCAAAUAAUGUUUGUUAUAAUAUAUAAAGGGGAAAACAGUGGGAGAAUAAAUUAAUAUUAUGUAGUAUCAUGCAAUUAUGUGCUUAAUUAUUGUCAGAACAACAAUUUGGGUGUUGCUAUUGCUACAAA